GUUCCCAACUUCACGUCGGGCGAGCAACGUGGGCACGUUAUGAGCGGUGGAAACGAGGGCAUUUAAAAAAAAAGUACACCGUUUAAAAUAUUUUCCCAAAGUCUGUUUAAAACGUUGAGAUUUGAGCGUCGAACUGAUGAAGCCGCAGUUCGCUUCGCUGCACGCAGCCUGACCUGAGUUCGUCCGGCUCGCUGACUGUCCGUCAGUGCGUUGUUUCUGUUCUUCCAAACAACAGUUUCAAGUACACAGAAUGGCAGUGGACAGCAUGCUGGUCGGCGCUUAGCAGCCGUAAUGAGGUGGACAGAUAACGUUAUGUGAAAGCAGCCAUGAGAGCCCUGGAAGAAGACAUGAAUGACCUCCACCUGAGUCUGGACUGCGGUGACAGUGCGGAAAAAUCGCCCAGCAGAAAAAGCUCUCCGAGUCAAGAAGAGGAUCCUUCAAAGCAGCCCGGCGAAGAUGUCACAUCCCACACCCUUUAUCUGAGCAGACAGAGCCUGAAGGACAUACCAGACUAUGCUUUAAAGUGCACUGAACUUAAGAAUUUAUAUCUUGAAGGCAACAGGAUUCCCAGUCUUCCUGAAAAUAUGUUCACCAGCCUGCCAAAUUUGGUUUGGCUGGACCUGAGAAAUAACCAGCUCACUGGUAUUCCUGCUGAUAUUGGUCAACACAGAUGCUUGAAAACGUUGCUGCUGGAGGGUAACCCUGUUACAGAACUUCCUGUAGAAUUGGGUAAUGUGAUCACGCUGAGAGCUCUAAGUCUGAGGAACUGUCCUGUCUCCUUCCCGUCACAGGACAUCCUGCAGCAGGGUCUUGCUCACAUCCUGCAGUUCCUGCGGCGCAAAGCCGUGGCUCAGCGGCCCCUCAGCGUGCACAACACCCUGCCAGCGUGCUGGCCAAGUGAAGCGUCAGACAUGCCUGUUGUGGAGAGGCUGCCACUGUCUGAGGUGCUCCAGGCCAGUGUGGACCUGGGAGAGGAGGCCAAUGACAGCGACCUUCACCGCUUCCAGGAGCUCCAGCAGAGAAUGAUCCAGAUGGAGAGGGCAGAUUUAGGCUACCUUACGCCUGAAAUUCAGUCGCCACGCCACCUAAGAGCAGCAGGGGGCGACAGAUCUCAUCCUUUGUCCACCAGGAGGACUCAAGAGAUGGGAGGAAUGUUCCCGGCGCUUCUUCCAUCUGAUGCGCAAUGCUGGAAGAGAUCAGAGGAAAGGAGAUUGGCAGCCAUGAAAGAGUUGAAGGAAAAACAAGCCAUGCUAGAACAAAGAAGGAAAGAUGAGGAGCUGUUGCGGGAGUGGAGAAACCAGGCCAGAAUCAUGCAGGAGAGGAAGAUACUGGAACAGAAGCAGGACAGGAGAGAGAGGCUGCAGAGAGAUGAGAAUAUGAAAAAUACUCAAUAUAGUGCUGACGCCUCCUACAGUGAGAGAGACAGUGGUGAAGCCCUGUCCCACAAGUCAAACAGUGAUGCCCUGAACACCCUACAGAGACCACAGAGGUCAUCCAGCUACCAUAAAGAAACAGAAGAGGCCAGAGUGGCACGUGACCGAGAUCUGGAGCAGCGCAUCAGAAAUCAUGUUCAAAUGAUGCAAGAGAGACACAGGAGGCCCAGAGGGCCCCCUGGGGUGGAGGCCCAGGCAGCCGCUCAGGAGAUCGAGGAGGUAAAACAGUUGCAGCUGGAGCUUGCAGAAAGGAGACGGCAGCGAGACCUUGAGUACCGAUUCAGCGCCUUCACUGGGGAGAGCUUUUCAGGAUCAUACAAUAAAUAACAAGCCACUAGCUUUCCUGCCACCUGGACAGGAUUUAGCAUUACAGGCCAUCACAAAGCAAUCUGUUACUGUGGUAUGUCUGGAUUUGCUCAUUUGAAUGAUGAAACUUUGCAUACUGUCAAUUGUCUAUGACCCUUUCAACGUCCAUAAAGAUGUUUUUCUGUUUGACCACA